AUGUCCUCGGCUGUGGGGCCCCGCGGUGCUCGCCCACCCACGGUGCCUCCCCCCAUGCAAGAGCUGCCCGACCUGAGCCACCUGACCGAGGAGGAGAGGAACAUUAUCAUGGCAGUGAUGGACCGGCAGAAGGAAGAGGAGGAAAAAGAAGAAGCCAUGCUCAAGAGAUUGCAUCAACAAUUUGAAAGCUAUAAGGAACAAGUGAGAAAAAUAGGGGAAGAAGCGCGGCGUUACCAGGGCGAGCAUAAGGAUGAUGCUCCGACUUGCGGCAUCUGUCAUAAAACAAAGUUUGCUGAUGGGUGCGGCCAUCUCUGCUCCUACUGCCGCACCAAAUUCUGCGCCCGCUGCGGAGGCCGCGUGUCUCUGCGAUCUAACAACGAGGACAAAGUGGUUAUGUGGGUGUGCAAUUUAUGUCAAAAGCAACAAGAAAUCUUAACCAAAUCUGGGGCCUGGUUCUUUGGAAGUGGCCCUCAGCAGCCCAGUCAGGAUGGAACCCUAAGUGAUACAGCUGCAGGUGCUGGUUCUGAGGUACCCAGAGAAAAGAAAGCACAGCUCCAAGCGAAGAAGACUCCAGGGCUUUCUGAGCAGAAUGGCAAGGGAGCCCAGAAAAGCGAGCGCAAGCGCGUGCCCAAGUCCUCAGUGCAACCCGGCGAGGGGGGCGCCGAUGAGCGGGAGCGGAAAGAAAGGCGGGAAAGCCGAAGGCUGGAGAAAGGGCGGUCCCAGGACUACCCCGACGCGCCGGAGAAACGGGAGGAGGGCAAAGCGGCGGACGAGGAGAAGCAAAGGAGUGAGGAGUACCAGACCAGGUACCGCAGCGACCCGAACCUGGCGCGGUACCCGGUGAAACCGCCGCCGGAGGAGCAGCAGAUGCGCAUGCACGCCCGGGUGUCCCGCGCGAGGCACGAGCGGCGCCACAGCGACGUGGCGCUCCCGCACACCGAGGCGGGCGCCGCGCCGCCCGAGAGCAAGGCGGGCAAGCGCGCGCCGGCCGCCGCCAGGGCCCUGCCGCCCGACUCCCCGCGGACCUACGCGGCCGAGCGGACUGCGGAAGCCAGGGCGCCGGGCGCCAAGCAGCUAACGAACCACAGCCCGCCGGCGCCCAGGCAUGGGCCGGUCCCCGCACAAGCCCCGGAGCCCAAAGCCCAGGAGCCCCUCAGGAAGCAGAGCCGCCUGGAUCCCAGCUCGGCCGUCCUCAUCCGGAAGGCCAAGCGCGAGAAGGUGGAGACCAUGCUGCGGAACGACUCGCUGAGCUCUGACCAGUCCGAGUCGGUGCGGCCGUCCCCGCCCAAGCCGCACCGGGCCAAGCGGGGCGGCAAGAAGCGGCAGAUGUCGGUGAGCAGCUCGGAGGAGGAGGGCGUGUCCACGCCGGAGUACACCAGCUGCGAGGACGUGGAGCUGGAGAGCGAGAGCGUCAGCGAGAAAGGUGACUUGGAUUAUUACUGGUUGGAUCCUGCCACGUGGCAUAGCCGGGAAACAUCACCGAUUAGUUCGCAUCCUGUAACGUGGCAACCUUCUAAAGAGGGGGACCGAUUAAUUGGACGUGUUAUUCUUAACAAGAGAACAACCAUGCCCAAAGAAUCAGGUGCAUUACUGGGUCUGAAAGUUGUUGGAGGAAAAAUGACUGACUUAGGACGCCUUGGUGCCUUCAUCACCAAAGUAAAGAAGGGUAGCCUUGCAGAUGUAGUUGGACAUUUAAAAGCAGGGGAUGAAGUUCUAGAAUGGAAUGGUAAACCCCUGCCGGGAGCUACAAAUGAAGAAGUUUACAACAUUAUUUUAGAAUCAAAAUCAGAACCUCAAGUUGAAAUUAUUGUUUCAAGGCCUAUUGGUGACAUUCCACGGAUUCCAGAGAGCUCCCAUCCUCCCCUGGAGUCCAGUUCCAGUUCUUUUGAAUCUCAGAAGAUGGAAAGGCCUUCCAUUUCUGUUAUUUCUCCAACAAGUCCUGGAGCUCUAAAGGAUGCCCCACAAGUCUUACCAGGACAACUUUCUGUGAAACUGUGGUACGAUAAGGUGGGACACCAGCUGAUUGUAAAUGUUCUGCAAGCAACAGAUCUACCUUCCAGAGCAGACGGGCGUCCCAGGAAUCCCUAUGUAAAAAUGUAUUUUCUUCCAGAUAGAAGUGAUAAAAGUAAAAGGAGAACCAAAACAGUAAAGAAAGUACUAGAACCAAAAUGGAAUCAAACUUUUGUCUAUUCACAUGUACAUCGUAGAGAUUUUAGAGAACGAAUGUUAGAAAUAACUGUGUGGGAUCAACCAAGAGUGCAAGAAGAAGAGAGUGAAUUUCUCGGAGAGAUCCUCAUAGAAUUGGAGACAGCACUUUUAGAUGAUGAACCACAUUGGUAUAAACUUCAGACACAUGAUGAAUCUUCACUACCUCUGCCUCAGCCAUCACCUUUCAUGCCCAGGCGACACGUCCACGGAGAAAGCUCCAGCAAAAAACUGCAAAGAUCUCAGCGAAUCAGUGACAGUGACAUCUCAGAUUAUGAGGUUGAUGAUGGUAUUGGAGUAGUUCCUCCAGGUUAUAGGUCUAGUGCUAGAGAAAGUAAAUCUACAACAUUAACUGUGCCGGAGCAGCAAAGAACAACGCAUCACCGCUCACGCUCAGUGUCUCCUCACCGCGGCGAUGAUCAGGGAAGGCCGCGUUCACGUUUACCAAAUGUGCCAUUACAGAGGAGUUUAGAUGAAAUUCAUCCAACAAGAAGGUCACGUUCUCCAACCAGACACCAUGAUGCCUCUAGAAGUCCAGUUGAUCACAGAUCCAGAGAUGUGGAUAGUCAGUAUUUAUCUGAACAAGACAGUGAGCUUCUUAUGCUGCCCAGAGCAAAACGAGGACGAAGUGCAGAAUGCCUACAUACUACCAGUGAACUGCAGCCCUCCCUUGACAGGGCUAGGAGUGCUAGUACCAACUGCUUGAGACCAGAUACUAGUUUGCAUUCACCAGAACGAGAAAGGCACUCCAGAAAGUCUGAAAGAGCUAGCAUCCAAAAACAGACUAGGAAAGGCAUUGCCCCUGAUGCAGAAAGAACGCACCGCCAAGGCAGUCCAAGCCACUCUCCUCCCAGGGACGCCUCCUCCAGCGGCCGAAGGGGAAGGCAGCUCCCACAGGUGCCCCUGAGGAGCGGCAGUAUAGAACAAGCAAGCUUAGUAGUGGAGGAGCGAACAAGACAGAUGAAAAUGAAAGUGCAUCGAUUUAAGCAGACAACAGGGUCUGGUUCUAGUCAAGAACUUGAUCGCGAGCAAUAUUCCAAGUAUAACAUACAUAAAGAUCAGUGCAGAAGCUGUGAUAACGUCUCUGCCAGAUCAUCAGAUAGUGAUGUCAGUGAUGUGUCCGCCAUUUCCAGGACCAGCAGUGCCUCGCGCCUCAGCAGCACGAGCUUCAUGUCAGAGCAGUCUGAGCGCCCCAGGGGUAGAAUCAGUUCAUUUACCCCUAAAAUGCAAGGCAGACGGAUGGGGACUUCAGGAAGAGCCAUCACGAAGAGCACCAGUGUGAGUGGAGAGAUGUACACACUGGAGCAUAAUGACGGCAGCCAGUCGGACACAGCUGUGGGGACAGUUGGAGCAGGUGGAAAGAAACGGAGAUCCAGUCUGAGUGCCAAAGUGGUCGCCAUAGUGUCUCGAAGGAGUAGAAGCACGUCCCAACUAAGCCAAACAGAGUCGGGCCACAAGAAGUUGAAGAGUACCAUACAGAGAAGCACAGAGACGGGCAUGGCAGCCGAAAUGAGGAAGAUGGUAAGGCAGCCAAGCCGAGAGUCGACCGACGGCAGCAUCAACAGUUACAGCUCCGAGGGAAACUUAAUAUUUCCUGGAGUGCGACUAGGAGCAGACAGUCAAUUUAGUGAUUUUCUUGAUGGACUAGGACCAGCCCAGCUCGUUGGCCGCCAAACCCUCGCCACCCCUGCAAUGGGUGAUAUACAGAUCGGAAUGGAGGACAAGAAGGGCCAACUAGAAGUUGAAGUUAUCAGAGCACGAAGCCUCACGCAAAAACCUGGCUCCAAAUCGACACCUGCUCCAUACGUCAAAGUAUAUCUUCUGGAAAACGGGGCCUGUAUAGCCAAGAAGAAGACGAGAAUUGCACGAAAAACCCUUGAUCCUCUGUAUCAACAGUCCCUGGUGUUUGACGAAAGCCCGCAGGGUAAAGUUCUUCAGGUGAUUGUCUGGGGAGACUACGGCAGAAUGGACCAUAAAUGCUUUAUGGGUGUGGCCCAAAUCUUGUUGGAAGAACUUGAUCUGUCCAGUAUGGUAAUUGGAUGGUACAAAUUGUUCCCACCGUCGUCAUUGGUGGAUCCCACACUCACUCCCCUAACCCGCCGGGCUUCCCAAUCAUCUCUGGAAAGUUCAACUGGGCCUCCCUGCAUUCGAUCAUAGUGAACUCAUACCAGAGUCAUUCCAAUAAAACUCGACCUUUCAGGAUAAUAAUCUGAACCAGACAGUUCAUGAUCAAAAGCAUUGUUGGAAACAGACAAUCAACUUGUGUUUUACCUGUAGUAGUUUCUCAAUAAUGUGUCCCAACUAUUGUUCCAAACCUGGCUUCAUAUGACAGAACAAGGUAGUCGAUCCCAGCGCAGCGAGAGCCAGCGUGCUAGUGAGAGCCCCUGAGGCUCCUAACAAACAGAAAGAGGGACCUUCAAACACGCACACGCACAUGCACACGCACGCACCCCAAACUGAACAAACUGGAAACUCUCACUCUGAAAAGUCGUAUUUUACACGUUUCUACACAGACCACAAGCAGUGUUAUUUCCCUGGUGUUUGAGGAGUUUUGUUCUUUUGCGUUUUGUUUGUGUGUGUGAUUCAUUGUUUUUGGAUUUGUUGUUUUGUUCUUGCUGUGUGUGUUAUUUACACUCGUUUCCAGCCGUGUCGUGACAGCCUCGUGCUGCUUGCAGAGACCCUUCCUUUCUUUUUCCAAAAGCACCAAAAAAAGGGCUGAAGCCGUCUCUGUAGCAUCUCCCCAAAGUGUUCAGCAGCUGGACAAGGUGAGGCCCAGGAAGGGCCCACUUUCAUUGUGUGAUCCUGCAAAGUCUUACAUGUGGAAACCCAGAAAACAAGAAGUUAUCCUCAAAAACAAAUAAUCCCAGAAUCCCUAUCUUUAAUAGAGAGCAUAACUGUUCACAUUCUAAAAAGUUAAUUUAUGUUUUCCAUUGUUUUGCAUGGAAGACUUUAAAGAAGUCAGUCUGCAACUAAUUCUGGGAACUACAACUAACUGCGUAAUCGUACUUUGGAAACACUCCUUAUAAUGCCUUUUUCUUCCUGAUAGUCACAAAGCAAACCUAUAUGCUCAUACGUAUAAACCACACUUUUGACUUCCCAAAUGGUGACUAGAAGUGGAUUUGAGCCUAAGACACUGGCAGCUAUGCCCAGGCUCCUCGGCCAUGUCUCAGUGUGGACAUACCCACCUGCCCAGAAAGAGCAUGGUGUGAGCUGUUCAGUAUUCACGGGAAAUUCCAGUGGAACUAUUCUGCACUAAACUAAUGUUUUUAUCAAAUUUUAGUUUACAUUUCUUUGAGAUCGAUGCAAGCACAAAGCUUGAUUUUUUAAUGCAAAGUCUCUUACAUUUUGGGGGGGGAAGGGGAAUAAAACAAAGUCAAAACUUUCAAUUUGCAUUUUGUUCACCUGCGUUUUCUUGGCCUGGACUUUCCCUCGUGACAUCUUGUGUAUGUGUUCCAUACUGCAGACCCUGCAGGUGCAUUGACACGUUCUCCUCCUUUUAUGAGUCAUUCAACUUUUGUGAUUACACAUAGAGCAGCAUGACUUGGAACCGUUCAAAGCUGCAUGCAUGUUUUGUAAAAAAAAACUAAAAGAAAAAAAAAAGAAAAAGAAAAGAAACAAAUGGUUAUUUAAUAAUGUAUGUUAGCUCCACAUAGGCCGCUUGUGUGUUGCAUGUACUGAACAGUUUGCUCGUCAAUGACUAUACUGAAAUAACCAAGAAAUCUAAGCCAUCCAUUUUUGUUAUAGACAUUUUGCAGGCUUUCGCCAGACUCAGUCUGGGAGCCUGGGGUGAAAUGUCUAUAGAUGGACUUUAUUUUUUACCCUCUGGACAACGUGAUGUAGAAUGGACCAAACUCCUCCUAAUACAUACUUCGGUGUAGAUUCCUCCUGUGGGGCUGUAACACAUGUAGACACUGUGUACACACUAGGUUUUAAUCCAUAGACAUACUGCCUGCACCAAGUGAAUUCUUUACCAUUAUUUACACAUGCCAGAUUACCUGCCCAUCGUCCACAGGGCACAGAUUGACCACGACUCCCCACGCUGAGCAGGAGGAACUGAAGCAUUGGUGCACUGCUACUAGAUUCCGUUCUGUCUUAGUGGCCAACGAUCAAUUAUAAUUGGGUAGUACCUUUCUAUUUGGACCACUUGUCUUAACACUCCCCUGUGCUUUUAAAUGAACUUCCAACUCAUGUAUGUAAACAUGUUUAAUAAAAUUUAC